AUGGCAUGCGGCCACACCCUCGACCAUACUCGGAGGGUGCCCGACUGUCCCUGCAAGGGCUCAGACCCGUCGCACCCCAACAUCGUAGAGUGGAGGUACAUCCCCGACACGUGCGCGGAAUGCCACCACGGACCGACGCUGUUCCAGGAGAACCGCGCGAGCUACGAGUGCGAUCACGCGCUGCUCAUGCGCUGCUACAUCAAGGCGAAGGCGCUCGGGGACAGGGAGAGCAUGGCUAUCCUGGAGCGGCUGGCUCAUGAGAGGAGUGUGCGGCUGAUGAGGGAGAACUCGAGGACUCUGAGGGGUACACAGGGCGGGUCGAUAAGAAAAUAG